AUGGAUCCUUCAACUCCCCAGCCAACAGGGCUGGAAGCUCAUUUACGUGGUCUCAUCCUUACCAACGCCGACGCUAGCAGCAACAUCAGCCAUACGGCGCAUGGUCAACAGCAACAGCCCAUACCAGCACUAGCUACAGGCCCAGGCCCAGGCCCAGGCCCAGCCUCAGCAUCGCCUUCGGAACAUUCGGCUUCCGCUGCUGCUGGGUACCCUCCCAGUCCCAGGACAGGCAGGAAGCGCCUUAACCAGGCUCAGCGUCGCCAGAUGAACGCCCAGCUCACCAUACCCGUCGACCCUCGCCCGUCUUUUCAGCAGGCUGGCCGCGGCCAGCGCCACCAUCCGCAUCAGCAGUGGCAACCCGUUCCUCCUCCUGGGCCUCAUCAGCGUGCCAUGUCCGGCCCUUCCUACGGUCCGCCGCAUGGCUUCGCCAGAGGUCGCGGAAACGGAAACGCUUUUCGCGGUCACCACCAGCAUCACGCUUCGACCGUCGAAGUGCCUUCAUACGCCAACGGUUUCGAUGGCAGUCACAAUCACCCAUCCAUGUCUCCCGCAGGUUGGCGUCAGGCCGCCCCGCAGCAGCAACAGCAGCAGUCUGCCCACUCUCACUCCCACUCUCAGCCUCACCACUACCAGAACCAACACCAGCAUCAGCAUCAGCAUCGUCGCCCGUUCUUCAGGCCCGAUGAGGUCGCUAAUCAGUCUGCCCUGCUCGACCGUCUGAGCUUCCAUAUCGUUGCCGACUCUGAGAUCCAGCAUCCCGAAAUUGUCGAAAAGGAGGCCUUCCGCGGGCGCAUCGAGCAGCUCAUCCGCCACGUCAUUGCCAGUUACGAGCAGGAACAGCACGCCCAGGGCCGGCAGCAGCCAUUUGAAUUCUCCCCGCUGUCUGUCCAACUAAAGUGCUUCGGUAGCUUGUCGUCUGGGUUUGCCACCAAGGCCUCGGACAUGGACCUGGCUCUCCUAUCGCCCCAGUCACAAAUUCAGCCGGACGCCAAGGCUUCGCCCAUCCCCCGUCUCAUCGAAAAGGCCCUGCUCGACGCCGGCAUCGGCGCCCGUCUCCUCACUCGCACCAGAGUUCCCAUCAUCAAGCUGUGCGAGCUGCCCCCGGAGCCUUUGUACCGCAACCUCAUUGCCAACCGCGACAAGUGGGAAAGGGGAUUGGAGAAUGAGGGCCACGAAUAUCACGACGACGAUGAACACGAACAUGACGACCACCACAACCACAGCCAUAACGCUAUUACCGCUGCUACCGCAGAUGACCAUCACGAAGACGCCGCGGCCACUGGCCUCGACAAGAUCGAUGAGAAAGAAGUUGCUGCCACCUCCUUUGAGGUCCCCUCCAUCGACGGGGAGAACCAGGAGCCCCAGAAGCUGUACCUCCGCCAAGGACCGGGAAGCACCCUAGAUUCGUACUACGGCACUGCCAAGCGAGUUCUCCGCAAGGCAGGCGGUCGAGAUGUCCGAGGCUCGACGGCCAUGUCAUUCUCAGACCUGCAGUGGGACGUUCUUAACCGCGUGUGCCAGGCCUUUGUCCAAGGUCUGUCUAACAUCGAGGUGCGCGAACGCCUCCAGUCGUUCCCCUCCCUCGCAUUCAAGUCCGCUUACAACAUGCCCGACAACCACUCCCUCAUGACCACCUUCACCCAGAUCGAGGGCGAGCACCUCGUGUAUCACUGGAAUGUCUGGAUGGCCGAGCAGGGCAGUGCCAUCAUCCAAAAUGACGCUGAGGGAGUCCAUGCCGUCGAGGCCUGGCACGCUGCCCAGCGCAAGCGCGACUACGGUGUAGACCCUGUGCUGUUCAACAAGGAACUUCACACCCUCCUUGAGCGUAUGAGAAGGGUCCUGUCUUUCCAGAUCGUCUCGCUGGAGCAGGGAAACGAGGAGGCCCCUGCGCAGUACCACGCUCGCGCCGCCAGGGUCCUGGAGAACCUGCGUUCCAGCAACCAGCUACGCCUGGCCAACGGGCCUGAAUCCACCGUAGUGAAGCAGUACAUUGCUGGGAUCCGUCCCAGGGAGAUCAAGUCAGCCGUGUCGGAGUAUUUCGAAGCAAUGAUGGCGGCGGGAACUGUCAUCCUGGGCCUGGACGACGUAGCCCAGAGGCACAAGAGCCUUCAGCUCGCCAGGGAGUUCACACGGGCUCUAGAAAAGGGCCUAUACGACCAGUCUCAGGUCGAAGACAUAAAGGAAUACGUACGGCUCCUGCAGUCCUCACUUGUCAGGAUACCCGGUCCCGGUGCCGCCGGCUGUCUUGUAGUACCGGUGACGCAGAAGUCUGCCGCCCUGGUAUCUAGGAUCAGGUCCCUGCAAGACCCUCACCUGCUGGCUCCCAACCAGUCCCGGUACAAGGAUCAUCUAGAGUUCCCCAAGACCGGAGCGGGCGUGCAGUGCGACAUAAACUUCUCGGCUCACCUGGCCCUGCAGAAUACGGCUCUUCUACGAUGCUACUCGCAUACCGACCCGCGCGUCAGGCCCAUGGUGCUCUUCGUCAAACACUGGGCCAAGGUACGGGGUAUCAACUCAGGGUACCGCGGCACCCUCAGCAGUUACGGCUAUGUCCUCAUGGUCUUGCACUACCUCGUCAACGUAGCUCAGCCUUUCGUCUGCCCCAAUCUGCAGCAGCUAGCCCCCCCUCCCACGCCCACGGAAGACCACAACAACGGCACCACCUACCAGGGAUACAAUGUGCAUUUCUGGAGGAACGAAGAGGAGAUCCUCCACCUCGCGUCCAUGAACCAGCUCAACCGCAACACCGAGUCCAUCGGCAGCCUCCUGCGCGGCUUCUUCGAGUAUUACGCCCAGACUGGUCUCAUGAGCAGCGGCCACGGUAAAGGCUUCGACUGGGGCAGGGAUGUCCUAAGUCUGCGUACCCUAGGCGGCCUCUUGUCCAAGCAGGAAAAGGGCUGGACGGGCGCCAAGACGGUAUAUGAGGUCAACGAGAGCCUCGAUAGUGGCACCGCAAACAGUGCCGCCGCUGCCACCACCAACACAUCCAGCAACCCUCCUGCCGUUGCUGCCAAAGCCCCCGCUAACACCGGCGCUAAGACCGACGACGUCAAAGAGGUCCGUCUGCGCUACCUUUUCGCCAUAGAGGACCCGUUCGAGACGGACCACAACGUCGCCAGGACCGUGACACACAAUGGAAUCGUGUCCAUCCGGGACGAGCUGCGUCGCGCGUGGCGUAUCAUCAAAGCUUCCGGUGGCGGUGAGACGGCUGAGAAUCUCCUCGAGGAUGUCGGUGAGACUUCCAAGGCUGACGGGGCGUCCCUGGCCCAUCUAAUGGAUGAUAUUCACGGCUCCCAUAUAUUUGAUGACCUUGUAUGA